AUGAAUACGUCUCUCGGUACCCCAGAGCUUUCCAAGCGAAAACGUGCUCUCGUGGCGUGCAUUCCAUGCAGAGAACGCAAGCGAAAGUGUGAUGGACGGGAUCCCUGCAGCACUUGUAUCUCUUGGGGAUAUGACUGCUACUACCUGGCUCGUCGUCGGCGCCGGUCACGAAAAUCCAAGGCGUUGACUCCAGAUGCUCUGCCUGAUCAUCAUCACUCUCCAAGUCAGGGGGCGCGUUCUGCGGGUGAUGUGCAUGCGUUGGAAACAACUGAUACCGAUCGAAUCGACCUUGUUCGUCGCCUCGAGGCCAAUUCUGGGGCCGCGUUUGUCCGAAAGCUAGGCCUUAAAAUCGACCCAGCAAAAGCACCUAAACUCAAUUUGUUCAGCUGGAACAUUGGUGCCCGACAAUGUGCAUCUCCCAUGUCGUCCGUCUCGACAAUGCCCAUCGUCGAGAUCUUGGCACUUGAAGAGAUGAAAGCUAUGGCUCAGGUCUACUUUGAUAAAGUGCAUCUUUGCUAUGGAUUCAUUGAUCCGCAAGUGUUCUUCGAGCGUCUCAAUCUACGAUGGUCAAAUCAAAACUCAUGGGAUAUCUAUGACAGCACGCUUGCCGGUGUGGCGGCUCUAGGGUGCUUAUUCUCCAACCGACAGGCGACUAUUCCCGAACUACAUUUGGUUCGGACUGCCCGUCACAUUCUGGAUAUGCAGCAUCUGUCCGGUCCGCCCUCGAUUGAUCUACUCACAGGGUGGACACUACGUUCGAUCUACCUACGCAUGACAGACACUCCACACGCGACAUGGAUUGCGAGUUCCACUUUGAUGCACCUGAUCGAAGCUGCAGGACUCCACCCAGAGCCUCAAUCAGUCUUGCCGGCUCGAAUGCAGGGAAAUACAGACAUCCAGAGGCGGAUAGUUGGUAUCGCGCAUCAUCUGAACGUAUGGACCUCAUAUGAUCUGGGGUUGUCUCGUGUCUCCUUUCAGAACAAUGACUUGCCCGCACUUCCAUCCCACAAACCAGACGACUUGACUAUUGAACUUCUCCGGCUACUCCCCGUGUCGCUCAGCCUUGAUCCAAGCAAACCGAAGAAUGAGACAGAUCUCACCUCUGCUCUGUCGGGACUGCUGAACGGUGUUCAUGCUCAGCCACCGUCGGUCAUGGCACAGUGCAAUCUGGUGCUUUGCAUCCUGCGGCGCCUUCAUACUCAAAAUCUUAACAUCUCACCAGACCUCGCGACAGAGGUCCUUGGCGUUUUGAAGAAAGGAUUACAGAGCGCACGAAUUAUGGUUGCAAACUGCUCCCCAUGGCAUCACGCCGCAAAUGUGCCUUUUCAUAUCAUCUGCGUUCUUCUCGUCAUGGACACGCGUCCCUCCCUCGCCAUGUUACCUGAGGCGAUGGAGACUGUGAAGUUGGUUGCGACCACUUACGAUACUGAGACUAUGAGAGAAGCUUAUAAUACCGCUUGCUUGCUCGUGAUGCUGCACCAACAACGAAGGAAAGAUGACCUGGCGAUCUUCAGCGAGGCUUUGAUCGAACACCAACAGGACGACGGCCCGCUUAGUUCCACUCCACACAUUGACCCUAGCUCAGAGGAGUAUUCGUGGCUGGGUGCAUUAGUCGCCGACCUACCAGGACUUCAGAGGGUAGAUCUUGAUCAAUUCCUGGGAGCAGACAUACAGAAUCCCUUUUUCUUCGAACCCGCAGGUUAA